UUUUUGUUUUGCUCCGUCCUUUCUCUCUCCCCAUUCAUUUUAUUUAUCGUCACUUACUGCCAGUUUUUAGUCGUCAUUUUAAACCUCUUUUUGAUGGUUGGUUUUAUUAAAAAUGUUUGUCCUCCGUUAUUUCAUUUAAUUGGUUACCCAGAAGAUCGAAUCCCCGAAAGAUCAAAAGCAUUUUUGUUAGGGCCUUGAGGGGAUCUAAAUUUUUGUGGAUUCUAUAGAUUGAAAGAGAGAAUACAAAAAUAAAUAUUAAAAUUCUAAAGUUUGAUUCGAAACUCGAAAUUUAGAAGGUCGAAAGUCUGUUUUAUCGUCACUUACUGCCAGUUUUUAGCCUUUGAUCAAUUAGCCUUUGAUCAAGUGUGAAUGUUUUCCUUCGUCUUUUCCCUUCUUUCCUGGCCAUUUUACAUAGCGUAUAUCCUCUAAAGAAACCCCCCCCCUCUAGAAGUCGAUCGGAAAAAAUAACCCCUCCCUCUAAAACAGCCCCCCUAAAAUAGCCUAGUCCCCUCUAAAGUACCCACCCCCCCCCUCCCCCAUUUAAAAUAUUUUAUAUUCGGGUGAUGAUUUAUAAAAAAUUUUUUUGACGCGUUUAUUUUUAUUUACUUUUUUCAAAAGAGAAAUUUAAAAAUUAUAAUUUUUGUAAUAUUUAUUAAGACAAUUUUAUGUUUAAAUUUAAGCUUUCCUGCAAUAUUAAUUCUCUCUAAUUUUCAACCGUGUUAAUAUGUACGUGGAUUUCUAUGCACUUUUAACGUACUUGAUAAAAAUAUUUCGCUCCGUUUUAUAUUAAUACCCCCAAUCGUAAAAAAAGCGGGGAAAAAAUUGGCGCGUCAUAACCCUUUUUUUACUAAUGAGGAAUUACCGUUAGUUUUUUUAGUAUUUCUCGGUAGCGGUAUUACAGUAAUAAACCUUCUGACACAUGCUUUCUUGACUAGACUGGAAAACAAAUUUUGGAUUAAGGUAACACCUAUACCCCAACGAUUGUUAGGCAAAAAUCAAAAUCGACGAGAACAUCGAUGGGUCAAUCCCACCAGAUACAUGAAAGAUCUACUCCCAGAGUCCCAAAGUCAACUUUUAUUUUUAACAUCUUUUAUUUUUGAGCAACCACACGUCAUAAGAGAGAUCGGUUCUUAACGACCCUUCUAGUCCUGUUUCUAUUGUGUAACAAAAAUUUUAAUAAACUACAUAUUUAGUGAAUUUUAUUUCUGAUUCUCGCUGAAUAAAUCUUUCAUAUUUUGUAGCUAACUAAUAUGUAUGUAGAAGUUUCUAUUUUGAAAGGGUGAUUGGAGGUGCAAUUGGGGAUACCUAAAUUUGUUUGCACUUAAGUCAGAGCUACCCCUUAAUGCAAUACUUUUGUCCAUAUGUAAUUUGAAAAAAAUUAUUUCUCUAGUUAAAUUUAUUCAUGUAAAACACUAUACAUAAAUACAUAUAAAAUAUUCUAUUUUUAUUCAUUAUUCAUUUUUCAUAAUUUUUUGAGGUUAUUUUUGGUUUUAGAAUUUUUCUUUCUCCUAAUCACAAAUUUUGUUUUUUUUCUCAUUUUCUUUCUUCACAAAAAUAUACUCAUCAUCAUCAUUCCACUUUUGACAGCACACACAAAAAUAUUUUUUUUUGGAAUUUUUGCAAAAAUUUUUUGCUCUUUUUCUGUUCCAAAGUUUAUUUGGGGACAUUUAUACAUAUUUAUUAAUUUAUAGAGAAACUGCCAAAGUAUAUAUUUUUGUGUUUCAACUGGUUUUUGAAUUAACUGACAAAUUUUUAUUUUUUUUUAAAUUUUUGUUAGAAAAUAUUUUUGAAUUUUUGAAAUGUCACAAGUUUAAUAUAAAAAUUUUUGAAAGUAAUUUUUUGGAAUAAACAAAAUUCUUUUUUAAUUAGUUUUAAAAAUACAUCAUGUGUUUGUAGUGGAUGGAGAAAUGUUAAAAAAAUAUAAAGUCGAACAUCUUAACAAACCUCUCUAAAAAUAGAAAAUCUCUUUGCCUGUAUCAAACUAAAAUUUUCUAAAAUUUCAAAAAAAGUGGCGUUAACGUGUACAUAGAUGAGAAGAAAGUCUGAAGAUGCCCUAUUAGCCUUGUCAAGAUCAGAAAGAUAAAAAAUCAGCAUUAAGGUUGUCGUUCUUAAAUCGGACCGACAUUGUUUCUGGCCUCAUUUUAAUCGAACCGGACCAAUCGUGUCUUGUUCAGGCCAAAAUUCAAUACCCGAUUUGAUCUUUUUAACCUAACUAGGCCCCCAACCCUAAUCAUCAUUAUCAGUUUAAAAUCAGAAAAUUCAAUAAGAAAAAAAAUUAAGAGCAGAACCGGGCCGAGCGGACCGGACCCUUUAAUUUUCUUUAAAUAAUGCUUAACUCAUCUUCUCUUUAAUUUUUAAUUUUCACAAUUUAAAAAAUUUAUUUAAAAUAUUUUAAAAUAAAUAAUGAUUUGCAAUAUCUUUAUGUGAUUUCAUUAAUUUAUUUAUUCUUUAAUCAUUUCAUAAAAUUUUACAAUUAAAAAAAUAUUUCCCCCUUUAAUUUCAUUAUUUUGCACUUUUACCGAGGGGUUUCCCCUUUAAUUUCCUUGCUUUUCAUGUGUUUUCCCAUUUCAAUAAUUAUUGUUUGGGGGGUUCCCUUUUAAAAUUUAAUUGUGAUUAUUUCCUUAUUAAAAUUAAAAAAAACAUCCGACAAAGUCGUGCCACUCUUAUUGUUAGUGGAUAAUGUUGGGGCAUUUCACGGAAUUGCCAGUUGUAUGAGUCUUUCUCCUUUGUCUUCCUCCAGUCUUAAUCUGCCGUGGACUUUUCCUUUCUCGCGUUUCGUCUCCUCAUUCAUUUUCUAAAUUUAUUUGCAACAUUCCUAAUUGUACUCGGAUAACCAUAUAUUCUCUUGAAAAUUAAAUAGGGGGAUCUAAGUGGGAGAAGGACGAAACGCGAGAAUGGAAGUCCACUGCGGAUCAUCUUUAGAUCCCAUUGAAGAUCCUCCUUUAUAUAUCCCCCAUGAAAAUUUUAGAUCUCUUUGUGCUUUAGUUCCCCCACUUAGUGUAUCCCCCUUUUCAAUUUUCAAAAAAUAUAGACCUCUUUCUUAGACCUCUUUAUGGUCUUUCAUCGAAUUGUCUUAAAUAUUUUCACCGAAUCACCCUUCCUUUUUUCCUCGCAUCACCCUAUUUUUUUGUCUAUCUUUUUUAUAAAAAAAAUAACAAAUACUUUGAUCAAUCCCCCAUUCCCAAAAAAGUGCAUGGGAAAGAGGGGAAGUCCGACAUCCUUUCCCUAUUAAGAAAUCUGUUUAUGUAAAAGUCUCUAUUUCCUCUUUCCCAUUUAUUUAAAUCCGCCCUUAAAAGGGCAUUUUUACUUUAUUUUCUCAUAUACAAUUUUUAUUAAAAAAAUUUUUUUUUUCAAAAUAAUUUAAAUAAAAUCAUUUUUAAUUAAAAAAUUAAAUAAAAAUCUCUGCUUUAUCUUGUGCUGUUUUAAUUGAGAUAAAUACAAGCAUGGGUGAGGUGAAUUUUUGAGACUCUUCCUAGGCCUAAAAGUUGCCUUAGGAGGCCGUGGCUAGGUUUAGCAUUUCAGUGGGAUAGUAAAGUGAUUUUUUGGGGAAGGUAUAGAAGAGGGCUAUUUUUAACAAUUCUUAAAAAAUCUGUAUUGUAUUUAAUCAUUUUUAUUAUUUUAUCAGUA